CUUGUUCAUAUGUAGAUAAUGGGAAGAAUCUGGUUGGGCUAGUAAGUCACUCGUGCCACUGGUUUCAGGUCAGUCGAGAGGAUGGUCUGACUCCACCUUCAAGAACGGCUUAUAACUGAAGUCAGGGUUCUGCCGUCUUCAUUCGGGUUUUUUGCAGUCAAGGCUGAUCUGCCUCCGAGAGUUUUCCACUUUCUUCCAUUUCUCCUACUUCAAUCACCUCCAAGCGGCUUCACCAUGGUGUCAAUGGGACGGCAGAUGCUGGGCUUCACCCUGGCCAUCAUUGGAUUUCUGGGGACCAUCAUUGUGUGCGCCCUGCCAAUGUGGAAGGUCACGGCCUUCAUCGGGGCCAACAUCGUGACGGCGCAGGUCAUCUGGGAGGGCCUGUGGAUGAACUGCGUGACGCAGAGCACGGGCCAGAUGCAGUGCAAGAUCUACGACUCCCUGCUGGCUCUGCCCGAGGACCUCCAGGCCGCCAGGGCUCUCGUGGUCAUCGCCAUCAUCGUGUCCGCCAUGGGGAUCCUGCUGGGCAUCGCUGGGGGGAAGUGCACCAACUUUGUGGAGGACCCGGCGUCCAAAGCCAAAGUGGCCAUCGCCGCUGGAAUUGUCUUCAUCAUUGCCGGCGUUCUGAUCCUCGUCCCCGUGUCCUGGUCUGCCAACACCAUCAUCAGGGAUUUCUACAACCCCCUCCUCACCAACGCCCAGAGGAGGGAGCUGACGGCGAUGGCUUCCAUGGGGCUGCAGAUGGCGGGCUGCGUGCUGGCCCUGUUCGGCUGGAUCGGGGUGAUCGUCGUGUGCGCCAUGCCCACGUGGCGGGUCACGGCCUUCAUCGGGAACAACAUCGUGACGUCCCAGACCAUCUGGGAGGGCAUCUGGAUGAGCUGCGUGGUGCAGAGCACGGGCCAGAUGCAGUGCAAGGUCUACGACUCCAUGCUGGCCCUGAGCACCGACCUCCAGGGGGCCCGCGCCCUGGUGGUGGUCUCCAUCGUCACGGGCGUCGCCGGGCUCCUGAUCGCGUUCGCCGGCGGGAAGUGCACCAACUUCAUCCCGGACGAGGCGGCCAAGGCGCGUGCGUCGGUCGCGGCCGGCGUGCUGCUGCUGAUCAGCGGCCUCCUCUGCCUCGUCCCCGUCUCCUGGACGGCCAGCAUCAUCAUAACGGACUUCUACAACCCCCUGCUCGUCGACGCCCAGAGGAGAGAGCUGGGGGCCUCCCUUUACAUCGGCUGGGGGGCCGGGGCGAUGCUGGUCCUCGGAGGGGCCCUCCUGUGCGCCAGCUGUCCCCCCAAGAAAGAUGACAUCCAAUCUGUGAAGUACCUCUUAAAUAAGUCGGGAGGAAGCAACAAAGUGGGGUCGUUCCUGUCAGACACACCAUCGAAGACGUAUAUCUGAGUUCUCUAAAGGGACAAAAGGAAAUCUGCUUCAGGACUGUUUUUUUUUGUUGUUUUUUUUUUUUUUGCUCUGAACAACCUGCAAUGAAGGAAACCUGCACUUUCCAUACGGGACUCACACUUUUAACAAAGGUUGCUUUACUCUCUUUUAGUUCAAAUGAUAGACGCUGUGGGUUGUUUAGGAUUUGGUUUCAUCGCUUUAUUAUUGCACUGUUUUUGUUUUCAUUGUUUUAUGUUGUUGUGAUGAUCAUUUUUACGCAAUAAAUGACCUUCUGUGGCACAUUCCCCUUCUCUCA